UUAGGGUUGCAAGACACAAGUGGUUUCUGAUUCACUGGUGGAUUUCUCUGUUACCAAGGCAUGGAUUUGUCACGACCUGCAAAACGCCAUCGUCAGAACAAAGACGGUGAGAGUGAAGCACUGACGUUGUCGCCGGUGGUUAUCUUCGCUCACGGUGCUGGUACUCCUUCGUCUUCUGAUUGGAUGCAAAGAUGGAAGAAUAUGUUAAAAGAGGCACUGCAAGCUGUUGAUGUUGUCACUUUUGACUAUCCUUACAUGUCUGGAAAAAAGAGGGCUCCUCCUAAGGCUGAAAAACUUGUGGAGUUUCACUCAAACAUUGUCAAGGAAACCGCAACUAAGUACCCUGGUCAUCCCGUGGUACUUGCAGGCAAAUCAAUGGGUUCAAGAGUUGGUUGCAUGGUGGCAAGCAUGGAAGACAUUAAUGUUUCUGCUGUAGUAUGCUUGGGCUACCCAUUAAAGGGAAUCAAUGGUGCAGUUAGAGAUGAAACAUUGUUACAGCUAACAAUUCCUACAAUGUUUGUACAGGGCAGCAAGGAUGGUCUCUGUCCACUUGAGAAGUUAGAAGCCACUCGGAAGAAAAUGAAAGCACCCAACGACCUGCAUGUCAUCGAUGGUGGUGACCACUCUUUCAAAAUUGGUAAGAAGCACCUGCAAGCAAGCAAUUCCUCCCAAGAUGAAGCUGAAGAGGCUGCUGUGCAGGCCAUUGCUGCUUUCAUUUCUAGGUCUCUUGAAGGAUGAAGAACGCCCCUACAUUUGCUACUUUUUGAGGAUAUCAAGGUUGUAUAUACGGAUUGUUGUAUUUUUCAUGGUAGUAAUAUAGGUCUUGUUCUUGUGGGUGGGCGGUAACUAUAUUUUGGGGAAUUUGGCCUUUUUCUUUUUCACUUAGCAGAAUACAUAUAUCAAUUCAUGGCUGUUGGAAUUGAUUAACCUAUUAUGACUGUUAGUUUAACUAAAUGCAGCUUUAUUUAUAUGUAUACUAUUGCGUGUUUG